AAAAGCAAAAUGAACUAGAAUCUGAAAAAGCCGAAAAGGAUUACUUGCUACUCACAUUCACAUUUUCUUUUUUUUUAACGCACGCUGAGAGUCACAGUUAUAAUGUCGGAACUCGAUAACAGUAAUUCCUCAGUCCUCACCUAACGCCUAACGAGUAACGACAUCGUUGACGGUUUCGAUCAGCAACUAGUCGUGCUCUCUCCCCACUAUUCAGUAACUGCCGCCGCCUGAUGGAAGCUCAGCCGGAACCACCGGCUUCCGACCCCGAAGAUCUCGAAGAAUUUGAGGAUGUGUUCGAUGACUUCGACUUCGAAGAUGAUGAGCGAGAAGACUUUGAAUCCACGAUUCCGAUGCCCAGAGACGCCGCUACGAUAGAGGCUCUAAUUCGGCAGCUGUCGGCGGAGGAGAGGGUGGUGGUGCGGGUGAAUGACGUUAUCAUCAAGGGCAACACCAGGACCUAUUACUCCUUGAUUGCGGCCGAGGUGGAGCCGCUCUUCACGGAGGCCACUAGCUUCCGGCAGCUGCUGCGCGCCGCCGCAGCCGCCAACGCGAGGUUGAAGCAACUCGGUCUUUUUGAUUCGGUUACCAUUACUCUCGGUGCCGGCCCUCCGGGGUUCCCGGUGACCGUUGAUGUUGUCAUUGAGGUUUCUGAGGCGAAGAACCGGCUCACCGGAGAUCUAGGGAUUUAUUUUGAACCUGAGGCUAGAUCACACUCUGUAGAAGGGUCACUGAAACUGAAAAACUUGUAUGGUCUUGGAGAUCUAUGGGUUGGUUCGGUGGCUUAUGGCUUGGGUCAAAUGUCAGAGAUUAGUAUGGGGCUGUCUCUUCCCACAUUUACUGGGUUGGCAACACCCUUGUCGGCUAGAAUGUCCCUGCUUUCCCUAGAUGGGCUUAAAUUCUCUUCCCAUAGAAAGCAAGUGCUAGGUCUCUCGCUUGGUCUAUUUUCAAUUGGCAAUCAUGACGUGUCUUAUAAUCUCUCUUGGCGAAGUUUAGCUGAUCCAUCAGAGGACUCACAAAUGCCUUCUGAGACCUUGAUGAGCAGGAAGCUUGGACAUAGUUUAUUCUCGGCUUUGAAUUAUGCUUAUAAAAUUGAUCGAAGGGAUUCAGCUAUGAGGCCAACUCGAGGGCAUGCUUUUGUUUCCACUACUCAAAUUGGUGGUCUUUUCCCUGAUAUUCGGAGCUUACGUCUUAUUCGUCAGGAAUUUGACCUUCGUUAUGCUAUCCCUUUGGGAAUCUAUGGGGCUGCAUUCAAUUUCGGAAUUUCAGGUGGUAUGAUAUUCCCAUGGGGGAGUGCAUCCUUGAAUAAAUCCUCAUAUUUGCAUGAGAGGUUCUACAUGGGUUAUAAUUCUUCUCCCGUUUGCUCCUUGAGAGGACCAACAUCCGUUUUAGGUUUCAAGGCUAGAGGGCUAGGCCCUGCUGAGCAUAGGAAACUCGUCGGCAAUAAUUCUAGUGAUGGAAACGCUAAAAUUUCUGAAAAACAUUAUAUAGGUGGAGACCUUGCUGUGACUGCUUUUGCUGACUUUUCUUUCAAUCUACCUUCAAGAGUUCUCCAGGAAGUCGGUAUCCAUGGACACGUAUUCGCUUGCACUGGUAGCCUGAAUAAGUUACCUGAGAAUGCAUACAAAGAGUUCUCUUUCCAGAAAUUCCGUGACUCUUUCCGAAGCUGGGCGGGAUUUGGAAUCAUCAUACCAACGAAGCUAUUUCGUAUGGAGGUCAACUACUGUCACAUUUUGAAACAACAUGAGCAUGAUCGUGCAAAGAUGGGUUUACAGUUUAGCUUCUCACGUCUGCAAUAACUCUCGUGGUAAAGCUUUCUCUCCUCUUAAUAUCUGACAGCAUUUUAUUGACCUCUGAAGAUGUUUAUCUCUUAAUAUCUGGCAGCAUUUUAUUGACCUCUGAAGAUGUUUAUCUGAGAUGGAAUGUGAGAUCUAACUCCACACAAACACUGUAUGACUUUGCUGUCGCUUUUGCUAACUUGAUUAUGAUGACGAAAAUGUCCUAUAUUGAAAAUCAUUAUACAGAAUCAGCUGUAAUUAUCUCUUUUUUGUAUUUCUCACGGCAAACAUGGUAAAUAAGUUGGUUGGCAUGUUAA